UUCAUUCAACGCCAACUAAAGCCUUAAAAACGAGUUGAGCUACAUACCGUUUGUUUGGUCGCUUUUCCUGUUUGCUGAAGAUAAUGCGCAACAGAAGCCACCGGAAUUCUUUGAACCAGUCCGGUUCUUCCGAACGCCAGCCGGACCGAACCACUGCCGGCGCUGAGGGGUGUUUGUCCAGCGCAGCUCUUGAAGGUUUGAGAUCGGAGUAUUCGACUGUCUGGUUCGACCGCGGCAUGUAUGAGAGAGCGGAAAGCCUUUACUACUUACGACUUUUGCAGCAGCAAAAUGGCACAACUGCUCCUGCGAGCUCUUCCGCUUCCUCCCGAAAGCAAGAAACCUGCCGCCAUGGAGACCAAGAGGCUUGUCACCAUGUUGUUCAGGCUGUGUGGGUGAACAAACCCAACUUUGACCAAGCUGAGAGCAAGUUUGUGGGCCGCUUUCCCAAUCAACCAACGACCCCAAGAUCCCUCCAACUGCAGGCCAACAGCCAGACGCCCUGCGACGAGGGCUACCAAUCACAAACCCCGACCCCGCCCACACCUGCUUCAAGGCCAAUCAACGGCCUUCCUUGCCUACCGCCAUCCCCAGUGGGGGUGUGGCUACAGAAACCACUUUUCGAUAGAGCCGAGGCGUCUUUCUAUCAGAACCUGUAUAGCCGCACCUCGCCACCGAGAAACCCGGAAACCAGCAGCGAUGAAUCAAGCUCCAAGCGGCGAAAUAACACAGUUUCUGCUCAAAAAAAGCCUGUGGUUUGCGAUCGGCGGGAUUCUGAAGAUGUCAGCACCGAUCAAGGAGCAGCGCUGUGCUAUUUCCUGCAUGCUGACAGUGAGAGGGUGUGGCUAGAUCGUGGUCGCUAUGUGGAGGCGGAGACUCGAUUCUAUGAAGACGCUGUGGCGAGAUCCGUCAAAACAUCUAUAAACCAUUCUAUCCGGAAGCAGAAGAUGACUGCAGCGGACUGUUUGGCGCAGGAGAGGAUCUGGUUCGAUAAGCCGCGUUACGAUGAAGCAGAACGGCGGUUUUAUGAGCAGAUGAACGGACCUACACAACCCAAAAAGGACACUGGAGCUAACAGUAUUCUUCAGGACAUCGCUAGAGCACGAGAAAACAUCCAGAAAUCUCUCGCUGGGCUGAAGACAACCUUGCAGCCAAGUAGAGGCUCCGCCCCUAAAAUAUCAAACCCCUCCCACCGCUCCUCACCUAGCGGCGGGGGCAGCGCUGCUGAUUACGGGGAGCUCGCCGCACGCAUGAAGAACCUGGAACUAGAGAACCAGAGUCUACACAAAGUGGUGGAGGAGCUGCGCUCUGCUCUCAGUAAGAUGGAGAGUCGAGUGUCGGCGCUGGAGAAGCGGUCAACAGCACCGACCGUUAACGGCACCGGUCCCGCCGCUCCCCAGAAAGCCCCGUCAGCUCCAGCGAAAGAGGAGGAUGAAGAUGAGGAUGACAUUGACCUGUUUGGCAGUGAUGAAGAGGUGGACGAGGAGGCUGAAAGACUGAAAGAGCAGCGGCUGCAAGAAUACGCCGCGAAAAAGGCCAAAAAACCGGCCCUCAUCGCAAAAUCAUCCAUCCUAUUAGACGUCAAACCUUGGGACGAUGAGACUGACAUGGCGAAGCUGGAGGAGUGUGUGCGGUCGGUGCAAGUGGAUGGGCUGCUGUGGGGGGCGUCCAAACUGGUUCCUGUGGGUUACGGCAUCAAGAAACUGCAGAUAAACUGUGUGGUGGAGGACGACAAGGUGGGAACAGACUUCCUGGAGGAGGAGAUCACCAAGUUUGAGGACUACGUUCAGAGUGUGGACGUCGCAGCGUUCAACAAGAUCUAACACACACUCACACAUGUAAACACUCACGUGCCACUGCUGCUGGAUGAAUAUUGGUUAAUAAAUGAGUUUGAAAUGUA